UCUAAAGAAGAGUGUAUGUAGCAUUCUCUCUGUCUCUUAUAGGCACCUAUCAAUGCAAAAAUGCUCAUUAUGAAAUCACAAUGUGUCCGGAUGUUGCUAGUGAUGUUGGUGCUGCGGUAGCCAAAUCGAAAUCAAGCGGAAAUAUUAAGAAAACAACUCGCCUUAUUUCGCCUUUCCUUUCUAGCUUUAACACAAGAACCACCACCAGAAACUAGUACUCUUAUACUGGAUAAGUUGGCUGACAGCAACGCAACUGAAUCAACGAGUGUCUUCUCAGAAACAUCAGAAAGUGGACGAUGUCAUUCGCAUUGUAUAGCAAAUUUAGUUUACUAUCGAAAUCAAAAGUUGUCGUCUGAAAACGUUACUCCGAUGCCGCCACAAACCGAUGUUACAACAGGAGAAUCGUCGAAUGAUCUACAAGGAAAAACAAACAUUUCAACAUUAGCAGAAGAACAAACAUCGGGUGAACCGUCGAUCAAGCAGAAGAGUAGUGAAGUCAUUGAAGGCAGAGAGGCAAAUUUUCUUUUGUCUUCCGCUGGUUCCGGACUUAUAAUCUCAUUAUUUUAG